AUGGCGUCCUCGAACAAGCACUGGCCGAGCAUGUUCAGGUCCAACCCUGCUGCCUGCGACUUCCACCACCAGCCUGACAUGAGCAACACCCACACCAGACCCUCCUUGAUCUCCUCAGGGCUUGACCAGGAGACCACAAGGAGCCCGGGGGAGACGAAGCCGCGGUGGAACCCCCGGCCGGAGCAGAUCAGGAUCCUGGAGGGGAUCUUCAACUCCGGCGUCGUCAACCCUCCGCGCGACGAGAUCCGCCGCAUCCGCCUCCGUCUGCAGGAGUACGGCCACGUCGCCGACGCCAACGUCUUCUACUGGUUCCAGAACCGCAAGUCUCGCACCAAGAACAAGCUCCGCGCCGCCGCGGCCGCAGCCGCUGCCCAGGGCCAACAGCCUACCGGCGGCCGCGCCGCCGUGAUGCGCGCGUCCCUAGCGGUGAGGACGCCUGCGCCGGCUCCCGUGACGCCGCCGAGGCGUUUCCUCGCGCCGUCCGGCACGCUCCAGGCGCCGACAUCCUCGUCGUCAUCCUCCUCCGACCGCUCCUCCGGAUCCAGCAGGUCGGUGACCAUGAAGACCACGGCCAUGGCGUCUGCUGCGGCAGCCUCCUUGUCCCAGCCGAUGGCACCGCUGUCGACGACCGCCGCCAUCGACCUGUUCGCCCCGGCACCACCACUGACACCGUCGCCUGCGCUCUCCACGUGCCAGCUCUACUACCAGCUGCAGAACCAUCCCAUGACGUCGAUGCCGACGCCGACACUGGCGUGCGAGCUGGUAACCUCCGCCCCCGAGCCGCCGCCGCACCUCCUGCAGUGGCCGCCGCAGAGCCAGAGCCAGUACCUGCCGGCCACCGAGCUCGGCGGCUUCCUCGGCUCGCAUGCCCACACGCAACCGACGGCGGUCUCCCCUGGCGCGCUCCUCCUGCCUGGCCUCUGCACCGACUCGGCGUUAGAGCAGCACGAGAUCGUGGACGACAUGAGCUGCUCCAAGCCGGGUCUCGGCGUCGGCGGCCAGUACCACUUCAACGUCGCGGCGGAUCCACCCUCCGACGCGGUGAGCGCCGUGAUUAAGGACGACGAGAAGGUCAGGCUGGGGUUUCUGCACCACUACGGCCUCGGCGCCACCGCCGGCGCGGACGUCAGUGCGGCCGCCCUCCCAUGCAUUCCGCCUACCGGCAACGCCGCCGCAAGCUCUGCAUCCACCGAUCAGCUGCAAGGGCUGCUGGACGCCGGGCUGCUCACCGGAGGAGGCGCGCCGGCGCCAAUGGCGACGGUGGUGACCGUGGCCGCCGGGCGGCCGGGCGCCCCCGUGCAAUGCUACAGCGUGCCGGCGAUGGCGCGCAUGGACGUGAAGGCGCUGUUCGGUCCGGCGGCCGUGCUGCUCGGGCAGUCCGGCGAGGCCAUCCCCGUCGACGGGGCCGGGGUCACCGCCGAGCCCCUCCAGAACGGCGCCUGGUACUACGUCCUGAUGUGA